AUGCUGGGGUUCUUUGCGGUGCUGGUCCUGUUGGUCGCUGGAGACAAGGUGGACGGCCCCGUCAUUGGCAUCGACUUCGGCACCACCUUCUCGUGCGUGGGCAUCUUCCGGCAUGGGGUGGUGGAAAUCAUCCCCAGCGAGCAAGGCAACCGGAUCAUGCCGUCCUACGUAGCCUUUACCGAUGAGAAGGAGACCUUCGUGGGCGAAGCCGCGAAGAACCUGGCGGACGCAGCGCCCCAGCGCACCGUGUUCGACGUGAAGCGCCUGAUUGGGCGCACCUUUAAGGACGAUGCGCUGCAGAGGGACAUCAAAGCGCUUCCCUUCAAGGUGGUGGCGGACUCGGAUGGCCAAGCCGCGGUGCUCGUGGGCAAGGAGCAGCUGAGACCAGAGGAGAUCGCGGGGAUGAUACUUCGGAAGUUGAGGGAGCGGGCUGAAGGCUAUCUGGAGCAGCCGGUGAAGCACGCGGCCCCUGCCCCGGACCGCUACGAAAGGCGCCAUUGCGCUGUUGAGUUGCUUGGGCGCAAGGUGAAGGAGAAGGUUGACUUUGUCACCGCGGGCACCAAGCCGGGGAACAUCGGGGAGGUCAAAAUUAUAAGCGCCUGCCGACACCUGAACGGGAUCUAUCCAGAAAGCCUCACGGACUCCGAGUCAGGCCUCCAGACCCUCCGGGCGCUUCAGCAGCUGCCCGGGACCGAGAAGAUCGUGCUCUUCGAGCGCGCGGAGGAGGUGGGCGGCGUGUGGCGCCAGAACUACUGCGGCUUUGGCGCCCAGGUGAAGCGGGACGUCUACUGCUUCGCCGAGCUGGGGCCGGAAGGCUUGGACCUCUAUCCUUCCGGACGCCAGCUGCAGGCGAGCUGCCGACGCUACGCGGAGCGCUUCGGGCUGCUGCCGUGCCUGCGGACGGGGGCGGAGGUUGUGGGCCUCGAGCGGCGCGAGGACGGCGGCUGGCGGGUGACCUACCGGCGAAGAGGAGCGGAGCAGGUGGAGGAUUUCGAUUUUGUGGUGCUGGCCCUCGGGAACUUCUCCCAGCCCUACGUGCCGGAAGUUCCCAACAGCCAAGCCUUCCAGGGCCAGGUGCUGCACAGCUCAGAGCUGCUGGACCCUUCCCUGCUGCGGGGCCGCGAGGUGCUGGUGGUGGGCUACGGGAAGUCGGCCUUGGAUUGCCUGGCCUUGGCCUCUAAAGAGGCCAAGCGGGUGACGCUGGUCGCGCGGAGCCCCGCGUGGAUCUUGCCCCAGCGCUUCCUGGGCUUGCCCUUGGAGUGGUUGGCCGCCACACGGUGGUUUGCCAACCUGGUGUUCCCACCGUACCACGACGCCGGCCUUGUGCGCCGGUGCCUUGGGUACCUCGCGCUGCCCCUGCAGACCUUGUUGUGGUGGAUCCUUUCGCCAUUGGUUUGGCUCCACUUUUGCCUGCCCUGGGCGAUGUGGCCGGCCUAUAGCUUGCGCUGGCAGCUUUGGCAUGGCCAUUCCGUGUCCAUUUGCAAUGCGUCUGCGCUCAAGGAGGCCUUCCGGCGGCCCAACGUGAGGUGCUUGCGUGGGCAGAUCUCCAGCUUCACGGCCAGCGGGGCGGUGGUGGAGGACUUCUACUCCAAGCGCAGCGAGGAGCUGCCGGCGCAGGUGGUGAUCUUUGCCACCGGCUAUCAGGAGUGCUGGUCCCAUCUCUUCGACCCGGACCUUGUGGCUGCUUUGGCGCCGCACGGCGACGGGCCUGACCUCUACAAGCAGAUCUUGCCCACGGAGGAGGUGCCGGGCUUGGCUUUUAUUGGCCGGAUUCUGUCCACCUGCGACAUUGUGGUCUCUCACGUGCAGGCCCAAUGGCUGGCGCGGCUCUUGGGCGGCAGCUUCGCGGCGCCGGGCCUCCCUUCGCGGCGCGCCGCCGCGAGGCGCUACCGCGCCUGGCGGAACCAGUUCUUGCCGAGCACGGGGGCUGCCAGCCGCAGGUCGGUGCCUCGAGUGUUCAGCUACCUGGAAGAGCUCAUGGACGACUGGCAAGAAGGAUUCGUAAGCAUCAAUCAGUUUUUUGAGGGGCCUGGAAACGAGGUGGCGUCGCAGCACACCAUCCCUGCGCGGAAGUUGGUGGCGCUGCACUCCGUCCUUACGGUGCCGGCAUUUUUCAACGAUGGCCAGCGCCGCGCCAUGCAGAAGGCUGGGCAGCUGGCCGGCCUCGAGAUUCUCCGCAUCCUGAAUGAGCCCACGGCCGCGGCGAUUGCCUACGGCUACGAGAAGCAGGAUGCUGAGGAGGUUCUGCUGGUCUACGACCUUGGCGGCGGCACAUGCGACGUGUCGGUGCUGGAGGUCAAGGGCGGCGUGCUGCAGGUGCGAGCCACCAGCGGAGAUCCUCGUCUGGGGGGCGAAGACUUUGAUCAGAAGCUGGUGGCACACCUGAUGAGCGCCUUCAAGAAGAAGACGGCCAAGGAGCCCCGGGACGCGAGAGCCGUGGCCCGGCUGCGCUCGGAGGCGGAGAAGGCCAAGCGGAAGCUGAGCACCGUGCCGCAGGCCGCGGUGAAGGUGGACGGCUUUGCAGAUGGCGCUGACCUGUCCGAACCGCUGACUCGGGCCCAAUUCGAGAAGCUCAACAGCGAGCUUUUCCAAAGGACGUUGGAGCCGGUCCGCUCCGCGCUGAAGGACGCAGGGCUGGAGAAGAGCCAGAUCACUCAGGUGAUCCUGGCGGGGGGCUCUGCCCGCAUCCCCAAGAUCCAGCAAAUGCUGAGCCAGUUCUUCGAGAAGGAGCUCAUUCGAAGCAUCAACCCCGAUGAGGUGGUGGCCCAUGGCGCGGCCAUCCAGGCGGCGGCGCUGAGCUCUGAUGGCGGGGAGGAGGAGCUGCGCCUCAUCGACGUCACGCCUUUGUCGCUGGGCAUCCAGACGGCCGGGGGCUUCAUGACCACCGUGCUGGCCCGGAACAGCCCGCUGCCAGCCGAGAACUCGAUGGUCUUCUCCACGCACAAGGACAACCAGGAGUACGCUACGGUGAAGGUCUUCGAAGGAGAGCGGCUGAUGGCAAAGAACAACCACCUCCUGGGGAGCUUCCAAAUCAAAGGCAUCUCCCCGGCUCCAAGGGGUGUGCCCCAGAUCCAGGUGUCCUUCAAGGUGGACGCCGGCGGUCUGCUCGCUGUGGAGGCCCUGGACCGAACCUCCGGCAACAGCGAGCAGCUGGAGGUGAAGGAGGCGUUGAGCCAGGACCAGAUCCAGGAGAUGCUCCGCGAGGCCGAGACCUUCGCGAAGGAGGACCAGAGGGACUUUGCGCGAGCAGAGGCGCUGCUGGCCCUGAAGCUCCUGGCGCGCGCCGCGGAGAGCGCGGCGGAGACGGCGCUCGAGGAGGACUCCGCCAUAUUCCUGGCUGCCGCCGCGGAGGCGAAGGAUUGGCUGGCCGCGAACCCGGACGCCGAGGCGGAGGAGAUCCAUGAGAAGCGGGAGGAGCUGCAGGCGGAGAUGCCGGAGAUGCCCAGCGCGGGCGCGGGCGCGGGUGCCUCCGGCGCGGCCGGCGGCGGGGAGUUGGACAUGGAAGGGCAUGACGAGCUUUGA